AUGGCUCAGGUCCAGGACGGAACUGCUCAGCUAACGGAGGCAGCGAAGUCGUACGAAUCUCUACACAUCUACGACACGAUUGCCGAACCCACAGACCUACAGACAUUCCUGAUGGAAGAUAUUUAUCUCCUCGGAGGCCAGUUCGCUAUCCUAUGUCAGUUUGCCCAUCCUGCUCUGGCCAAAGGUAGCUACGACCAUUCCAGCUUCGCCACUCGCAUCCCCAACCGUCUCCGGAAUACCGCCCGUUUCAUCAAUGCGGCCGUCUUUGGCACUCGGCAGGAGAAGGCCGCUAUCUUCUCCGUCAUCCAUCGCUAUCAUGCCCGAGUCAAGGCGGAAGACUACGAUGCAAAUGACCCGGAGCUGCACAAGUGGACCGCUGCUACCCUGUUCGUCGCCAUCGUAGUCGUCCACGAGACCUUCUUUGGGAAGCUAUCCAGAAACAAGCUGGAAGCACUUUACCAACAAUCUGCGGUAUUUGGCACUUCCCUGCGGAUGCCUUCCGAGAUGUGGCCAGCCACUCUUGACAAAUUCUGGGAGUACUGGGACCACAAUAUCGAGACACUGGAGGUCACCGUUAUGGCACGGAAGCUGAGUCGCGAUCUGCUCUAUCCGGUCCACCUCCCUCUGUGGAUGAGAGCCAUGGCCCCAUUGUCGCGCCUUUUGACUAUCCAUUUUCUCCCGGAAAGACUGGCCAAGGAGUACGAUCUGCAACCGACCGUACUAAGCCGGAUCCAGUUUCAGACCACUGUUCGUGUCAUGCGCAUUGCAUACCCCAGCAUACCGCAACACCUGCGACAAACACUACAUAGGCAAUACAUGGAAGAUCUCGCGAAGGCAGUGGACAGAAUCAAGCAGACUGGACACUGGGCGGGAGUAUAG